CGGCGCGCAGCGCGGACACAAAGGGCCCGUCCCGCCCCGCCCGGCCCUCCCGCCGCGCUCCCGCCGCCCGGCCCGCGCUUCCAUGGCUCUGAAGCGGAUACAGAAAGAGCUGAGUGACCUGCAGCGAGACCCGCCAGCCCACUGCUCUGCUGGGCCUGUUGGAGAUGACUUGUUUCACUGGCAAGCAACAAUUAUGGGACCUCCUGAUAGUGCAUAUCAAGGAGGAGUAUUUUUCCUCACGGUACACUUUCCAACAGAUUAUCCUUUCAAACCACCAAAGAUUGCUUUUACAACAAAAAUAUACCACCCAAACAUAAACAGUAAUGGCAGUAUUUGCCUCGAUAUCCUGAGAUCACAAUGGUCACCAGCUUUGACUGUGUCUAAAGUUUUAUUGUCCAUAUGCUCCUUACUUUGUGAUCCCAAUCCAGAUGAUCCUUUAGUACCGGACAUUGCACAGAUCUACAAGUCAGACAAGGAAAAGUUCUGAAAUGCAGAUGACAGUGCAGAAUGGAGAAGAAAAAUAUCACUGUGCCUUCUGUCCCCACCUUUUCCCCAAGCAGUUAAUUAUACUGAGUUUUAUGCAACUAAAAUGUGUGAACGCUGUCAGAAUGUUAACAGCACAGACAUUUAGGAAUAAUUAAGAACAAAUUCCUGUUAAGGUACAAAUAAGGGAGCUGGUUGUGAAAUGGGAAUUAAGUGUGCACGACGAUAUGCGUUUGAGUACAAACCUGUGAGACUGGUUUUGAGUCUAAACAUCUGUGGUAGGUAACCUUAGAAAUGGAACAUACAGUGUGUUUCUUGGCUUUUAGACUAUUUUAGUGUUAUCUGAACCUACGCUAAGGGGUUUUUCACCCCUCAGUAAUGUGUUUUAAAUAAAGAUGUGGCCGUUGUCAGUGUAUCACUAACAGCUCUUCACUGUAAUCCCUUCUUUCUGCACGUACAGAUACAACAGACAUGCGAGAGAAUGGACUCAGAAAUAUGCAAUGUAAACUUGUGAAGACUUUUUCAUAUACCACAGAGUACUGUAAAUUCUAGGGUUUUUUUCAAAAUUAGAAGGAAGUGGAGCACAGUUUACUGUUUCAAUAUAUCAUGUUCCCUCUUGAAGUUUUUUCACCGGUGUGUGUUUCUGGAGCGAGAGAGAACAAGCUUCCAAAAAUAACCUUAUGACUGUGAUAAGAAUAUUUAUCCUUUUGCAGAAGACAUUUAUUCUGGUUUUUAAGAGUUCGACAUCUGCAUCUUCAGGCUACGAGACCCACAGUGGGGUUUUAAAGCAACCAAAUUAUUUUUGCUGGAAAAACGAGCUGUUUUUAUGUGAUGAAUACUGUACUUAAAGUACGUUGCCUAAGUACGUUCAAAUUUCAUUUUGUUUGUUCACCUGUAUAACUUGUGGUUUUUUACUGUAUAGACUGAAUGUUUUAUUUACUGUGUAAGUCAUUUCAUUUUAGACUGACUUGCUUGUGCACAGUAUUGACAAGAUACAACUGCUAGUAAGAAAAUAAUUGGAGUAUCCCAUGCAUUAGGAUACUCUGAAGAUUGACUGCAGAUGUCUUGAAAUUAUCUUUGCACUGUAACUCUUUGUACACUGAUUAUGGAGAAACACCUGGGUUUGAUUCUGUUCCAUACGUGACUUGAUUUUAUUGCCAUGUGAACCAAUUGCGUUGCUCUGUAGAAAGAUACGUAACCAUUUUGUUGCUAUUCACAACUGAGUUUUGACGUGUGGGCAAGAUAACACUAUCGCAGACCUUUUACAAAUCUAAAUGUAGCCUUUUCCGUAUCAAUAAAAUGCAUUUUCUACUACUCGUCUUGGCUAUUAAAAAAAAAAAAUGCAUAUCCUUAAAGUGCUUGUUGUAGAGAAUCGAAAUUUUAAGUGUGCACGUGUCUUGUAGACAGAAGGGAAAGUAAAGCCAUGCAUCACAUACAACUUAGAACCGUGUUGCAAUUGAUCUUUAUGCUAGCUUUAGCCGAAUCUACUUAGCAUGUGGUGCGCAUUGUUUUAUAUAGGAUUCCGACUAGCUUAAUGACCGUUACGUGGGGUAUUUCCUCUGUGAGUUAAUAUACAAGUGUUUGAACAUCGAACGCUUGAGUUAACGUGGUUUAUCUGCAAUAUCAGAGUUACAGUGAACUUCUCGUGCUUGAAACUAACUUCAUUCAGUGGCUUUUCAGUUGCUUCAGACUAUGCAUGUGGAAAACUCACAGUGCUGAAGAGGGGCAGUCUCUUAUAAAGCAGAUUAAAAACUUAUAUCCUGCAGUCUGUUCUUGGCUAUCUGAAAAUAAAAACAUGUCACUAGUGCUCUUCUCUGUACCUUUCCCAUGAAAGCAAAGUGGCCUGCAGUUGGGAAAUUUGUCAGCAUAAAAUACAUUUUUAAGGUGGUAAUUUUUGAACUCUACUGUAGCGAAUGCUGCCUGUAUAAGUGGGUCACCUAUGGGGAAAUGUUACUUUUGUGCUGCUGUUUCAUGGUGUAACCAUGACUUUUGGAACAAGAGCAUGGCGCGGGGUGGCUCUCUUAAGCUUCGACUAUCCUUGUUCUCUUCAGACUGUACUGGAUACGUGAGAGGUUGUUAUUAAAAUGAGCGCUUUAUUCUACUUGAACUCGUACGACGUAGUUAGGAGGCAAAGCCAUGGUUUGUGCUUACUGAUAAAAUGGUGGUAGGAAACUGACCAUCAGAAUGCGUUCCCAGAGCUUUGUUUUGCUAGAUGGGUAGAAUAUGUUUGUACUAGAAGUUAUUUGAAUGUUGGUGACAUCUGUGCGAAUGAAGUAGGAAGGUCGACUCGCCCCUCUCUGUUGGUUUACGGGUUUGUAUUAGGGAUGGUUUGCGAACAUCUGUGCUGCAACUGGUGAUUUUCCGUAUGUCCCAGAAUGACUUUCCAUCGCGGGCUGAGACCAGCAGGACAAGUGAAAAACAACAUGAGCAAGGUGUGUUUAAAUACUAAAACCAGAACUUCUGUCUGAUGAACGUGCUAUGCUAUAGGCAUAAGGCCACGUUUUGGUCCUCAGAGCAGUUCAGCCUUUCUGGUUUUGGGGUGCUGUCUGAGGUAAAUACACGGGUUGAAGCUUGAGUGUUUCAAAGAGUUGGUUAGAUUUCAGCUAGGGAGACAAACAUCUCCUCUACUUCUCACUCUGUUCCUCUCUUAAUGAUUUUUUUUACAUGAAUGCUGUUUUAAGGGGGUGGAAAAUUACAAAAGUGGUUACUCUCUCCUGGGGUGUUUGCUGUGAUGGAACAAACUGGCCUCAUCUCUUCGCCUUGUUUUCCCUUCAGUGCUUUCCCCAUCUCUGGUUUGGAAGGAGGACAUUAAUGAAACUCUACUGUUAGUUUCUGGCUGCAGCUCGUCCGCUUAAGUUUUUGAUCUCUGUACUGAUUUCUGCGGGCACGUACCCCCUCCGGCCUAAUAAACGUGGCAGAAUUGCUGUUCAGACCGUC